GAGGCAACUGUUGAGGUUUUGCCUUUAAGAUAAAGUAUGAAAGUGGUACAUUGGAGGAGUUGCUCUAUGUUGAUAUGCCUUGUGAGUAUCAGAAUUCUUCUGGGCAAAUUGUCCUGGACUAUGCAAAAGCAAUUCAGGAGAGCGUCUUUGAACAACUUCGUGUUGUCCGUGAUGGUCAGCUUCGAGUAGUCUUCUCACCAGAUCUGAAGAUUGUCUCUUGGGAGUUCUGUGCUCGCCGUCAUGAGGAGCUUAUCCCUAGAAGAUUAUUGAUACCUCAGGUCAGUCAACUUGGAGCUGCGACUCAAAAAUAUCAGACUGCCACUCAAAAUGCAUCAUCUAAUGUAUCUGUUUCUGAGUUACAAAAUAAUUGCAAUCUGUGAGUUCCAUGUAAUAAUGGUACAUUAUUUCUUGAAAUAUAUUAAUAUCACUGUUUUUCCAGUUCAUUUGCCUCCAAAUAAAAUAUGUUC